GGAGCGGUGAUGUCAUGGAGGGGGGGAGUGCUGGGCCCCCCCCCGGGCUGGGAUGCUCCGCGCGAACCCCCCGCGCCCGCGUUAAAUGAGCCCGAGGAGCGCGGAGAAGCAGCUCAAGCACCGGCGGUGGGGAACUCUCUUGCUGAGGACGCCCAAGGAUCUCCACGCCAUGACUCUGGCUGCUUACAAAGAGAAGAUGAAGGAGCUGCCUCUCGUCUCCCUCUUCUGCUCCUGUUUCCUCUCGGACCCCCUGAACAAGCCGGGGUACACGUACGAAGACACGGUGGACCUCACCUGGUGCGUCAUCUCCGACAUGGAAGUCAUCGAGCUCAACAAGCGCACCUCGGGGCAGUCCUUCGAGGUCAUCCUCAAGCCCCCAUCGUUCGAUGGCAUCCCCGAAUUCAACGCCUCCCUGCCCCGGCGGCGUGACCCUUCCCUGGAGGAGAUCCAGAAGAAGCUGGAGGCAGCAGAGGAGAGGAGGAAGUACCAGGAGGCUGAGCUGCUGAAGCAUCUGGCCGAGAAGCGGGAGCACGAGCGGGAGGUCAUCCAGAAGGCCAUCGAGGAGAACAACAACUUCAUCAAGAUGGCCAAAGAGAAGCUGGCGCAGAAAAUGGAAUCAAACAAGGAGAACCGUGAGGCCCAUUUAGCCGCCAUGCUGGAGCGCUUGCAGGAGAAGGUCUGUUCCCAACCUCAGCAUGGAAGGUCCCACCCUCACCAUCUCCAGCUCCCUCCAAAACAUCCCUUCUGCAAGGAGCUCGCCCAGUGCCCUUCACCAAGCACCUCAGCUAGCCUUGGGUCAGAGGUGGAGAGCACCAGAUAAUGAAGGACAAUCCGAGCUAACCCCAUCUCCUUGGGGCUCCCGGUCCAUCCCGUCUGGUUGACAUCUACCUCCUAGCUAGAGGGCGAGGACAAUCAGUCCCCGAGUGCCUCCACAGUCCUUAAAAUCACCCCAGGGGAGGAGAGGACGCUGUUGACCCAUCGGUGGUGUCCCUCAGGGGAUGAACCUCACGAAACGCCCUCGUGCCUUCGAACCCCUCCGAAGCCGCUGGCCAGCCCGUGGGGACCCCGAAGUCCGUCCAGCUAAUGCGUGUCCCCCCCUUCCUUCCCUCCUACCCUCCCCUCCGCAGGACAAACACGCAGAAGAAGUGAGAAAAAACAAGGAGCUCAAGGAAGAAGCCUCCAGAUAAAGAGGCGAUGGUGGGACUGACAGCUCCGGGGAGGUGGCAGAGGCUGCCGCAGCGCAAGGUCGGAUGGUGGAAGGGUGGACGUUCCUCUGCUUUCUUUGUUCGUGAAUGUCAAGACUUGACAAGUGAAGCCAUCCUAGUCGUUUUGGGGAGGGUGGGGAGGGAGGAGGAAGGAGGGAGGGUGGGCGGGAGGGUGCCGGAUUUGGGAUGCCCAUCUCCUUGGUGGGUACCACGACCCACCCGUCAACCAUGUUUGGAGGAGACAGCCGAGGGCUGGCGAAGUAGAGGAGGUGCCCCCCCCUGGGGAAAAGCCAGGGGGGAUGGAGAGGGUGGGGAGGGAAGAUUUUGGGGGGGAAUGUGCGUCAUGUGUGACUUUAAUUUGGUGCUGGGCAGGCAGGGUGGGCAGGCGGGCAUCCCUCUGGCUUCCUUCUUCUCCACCCCACCCCAUCGAUGGGCAGCGGCAUCUCUUGGUGCCUCUCCCUCCCUUGUUCCUGCCUGGACUCAGGGCCUUUUGCCCAAAGCGGGUGUUGUUUGCCCAUAGACCUUACAGAACCAUUUUGAGGAAGGGGGAGAAGAGACCCCCCCAUUGGAGGUGGUCAGAGGGUGAGGGUCACUUGCUCCAAAGGCUUUAUUAGGCUGUAGGAGACCCUGAUGAUCCUUUUCAAGGGUGAAACUCAAAAGCCCUGUGACUUCCCAAAGAGCUACAUUUUUUUUGUAAGAACCUCUUGAGAAUCACCUUGUGGGAACUCGGAUGAAAGCCCCUUUUCUUCAGUUAGAGCAGCUGGAAAGCCAUCACUUUUAGAGGUGGUUAUUCCAAAAGGAAGAUCACCCCCAUGGAGAGUGAAAGCAGGAGAAGAAAACAAGGCAGGGUUGUGGAAAGCGUGAUGUAAGGGAUGGGGAAAAACAAGAGGGAAAAUGGAGCUGGGGGAGCCCAGGCUGGAGAACUGGAGUUGGAAUGGUGAUGCUUCCCUGGAGAGCAGAAGAUAAUGGCCAUAAGGAACCCCUGGGGGCAGCGAUGGCAGCUCCUGGUGACAACAGGGCAAGAGAGAGGCCAGUUUGGGAACCUACCAAGCGCCUAGGAGGUGUUUUGUGGGACCUGCUGGGCAAUCCCCUAGGUGAUCUUUGCCUCCAGGGAGGGGGAGCAAAGCAGAGAGCUUGCAGUGAGUCCCUUCCCAGCGGAAGGGGCAGCAAUGUCCCCUCCUCUCUCAGUUGUCAUCAGGCACUGGUCCCAGUACCACCAUGCCCUGGCACCUCAACAGCCUCCAACCCUGAUGCUAACAAAACCUUUGGUCUCCACUGUGGUCAGAUAAGGCUUCUCAAGCUCUGAUGGAACCACAUCUCUUUAUGUGAGCUGUGAGAUGCUCACCCAGACGCUGGAGCCCCGAGGGGACCAGUCCCGGUGGGGGGAGCAUGGGAGAGGGCAGCAAAGGAGACGGAGGGGGCUGUUCUAGCUGUGACACGAGCUGUCCUUUUUUUUGUAUACAACUAUUGUAAAUAAACUGCCUUGGCAUUUCUUUCAUUUUCUCAUGAA